UUGAAGACUUUCAUAAAACUUCAUUUUCUACUUCACCAGACCAUGUCAUAUUUUCAAGAAACUAACCAUAAGAAUUGGGAUUUAGUAGAAGCUAUAGAAUCAAAAUUAAGUAAGAAAACUUUCACUUCAUACCAGCAGCUUUUUGAUUCUAUUCGAAAUGAUUUGGAACGGUAUGACAACAGUACAGCAAACAACUGGAAGCACGACUGGAUGAGAAUGACAAGAGAGUACUUAUUAAAAUUAAACCCUGAGGCUUCUUCAUCCUCUUCUUUUCAACCAUCUGUGAAUUUUGAAGCAGAUAUUGCUUCAAGCUCUAUUAAUAAAAUACAAGAAGAUUCACAUAUACAUAAAAAGGCUAAAAGAAAGAAUGACGAUACUAGCAGUGAAGAUUCAAAUAAUAAAAAGCAAAAGUAUUCGGAAACAAGCAUGAUAUCAUCAGAAGAACAGUUUGUUUCUUCACAAGAAUUGGAAUCUUCAUUGUACACGAUUAAUACUGAAUCCACUGAAGUAGACUUUGAUAUAAUGAUGUUUUAUUUUUUUUUUUUCAAAGAGGAAAACUUUAGUAAAGUCUGCUUCAAUUUUAGAAAUGAAUGCUUGCGACAAGAGUUGGUGUUUGAAAAACUGCCUGUUAUUAAAAAAAUAGUAAUAAAUCAUGUUUACUUAGUUGAACAUGAUCCAAUAAACUCUGUCAUUCACGUCCAAAAUGAUUUUUUUGUACAAUUUGGGCUGAAUGAAGCAUAUCCUGUAUUGAUGAAAGAAGAUAUAGAUGCUAUUAUUAACAUCAGUCAAAAUCUCAAUGUUAAUGAUAAAGAGAAUGCAAUGAAUACAGCAUUGCAACACUUGAUAAAGGAUAAUAAUAAUCCGGUAGCAAAAAUUAUGUAUAAUUUGCUUAAUAGUUAUGAUUAUGCUGAAAACGUGCAUUCAAAAGAUGAAUCACUUUUUAUUGGAAGAGCUUUGGAUCCUUUUUUAAAUGUUAUAUUUCCUACUGGUGGUACUAUGAUUAGAGAUGGUCAUUUCACAAACUUAAUAGGAAACAAUGAUUUGAAGCCUGAUGUUAAGUACAGUGCCAAAAUUGGCUUUGAUAUAUUCGAUUUUUUAGUAUUUGAAGUCAAGUGUCCGAAGUCUGUUGUCAAAGAGGAUUUGUUCAAGAUUUCUUUGGAGUUACAGAUUAUGAUUAAUCGUAUGAUAGCCAACAAGAUCAAUAAGCCUGUGGUUUAUGGAGUUAUUGGACAAGGUUUUGAUUAUGACAUUUAUAGAAUGGAACUGGUUGCUCCUUUGGUCUAUUUAAUGGUUAAGAUACGUUCAUUUUACCUUCCUCGAAGCAUAUAUGACUUGACAUCUACCCUUCCAACUAUACCCUCCUUACUGCAACUGAAACAACUCGUUUGCAAUCAAGUAGAUAAAGCAAGGGAAAAUAUUGUGUCUGCUGAAAGCGAACAGCGUAGUUGGACGAGGUCCCCUUUGGUUACUUUAAAGUGAAUUCUUAAAAAAAAAGUCAUUUAUUUAUAAUUAAAAAUAGUACACAGACUCGAAACUGUUGUAAUAAAUUUACUACUGUAUAUUGAAGUGAUUAUAACACAGUGCAAUAUAUUCAUUAAC